UGAAUAUCCGGGAGUCGAAAAUAUUAACACAAAGUAAAAACUACUUUUUAGGAUAUUUGCGGGUAGGUUCACGAGCAUGGAGAAUGGCAGAACCCAAUUCCCAUUUCCCUACCAGCCUUACAACAUCCAGGAGCAGUUUAUGCGAGCCCUGUACAGCGCACUCGACCAUGGCAAAGUUGGCAUCUUUGAAAGUCCAACUGGAACGGGUAAGUCUCUGAGUCUGAUAUGUGGAGCGCUGAGCUGGCUCACAGACUACGAGGAGAAGAGGAGACAGGAGGCUGCUGCUCUGCUGCAGGAAGGAGAGGCAGCUCUGUCCACCUCCACUGCUCAAUCCUCCACCAGCAGCUCCUCCGCCGAGCCUGACUGGAUCACAGACUUUGUUCAAAAAAAGGCCGAACGUGAUUUGGUGUCAAAGUUGAAGGAGGAGGAAAUGAAAAGAAAGAAGAGGGAAGAACGAUUAGAAAUGAUCAGAAACAACGUUCAACUAAAGUAUGCAACAAAGAGAAAAAGCCAUGAAGAUGAUGAGGCGUUCAAGUUGCUUCAGCUCAGCAAAGAGGAACAAGCAGAGACGCAAGGAGACCAAGAGGACGAGGAGCUUAUUGUCGCAGAAUAUGAGAGCGAUGACGAGUCAAAGACCAGGAGCAGAUUUUGUGCUGCUGAGGAUGACGCAGAUGAUGACCUGGUUGAAGAACAUGUUACUAAGAUUUACUACUGCAGUCGCACUCACUCCCAGCUGGCCCAGUUUGUCCAUGAGGUUCAAAAGAGCCCUUUCAGCAAGGACAUCAGCCUGGUCACACUGGGCUCACGGCAGAAUCUGUGUAUCAAUGAGGAGGUGCGUCGCCUGGGCAGCAUCCAGCGCAUCAACGACUGCUGCAUGGAGAUGCAGAAAAACAAACAUGCAGAGAAGCAGCAUCAUGAAGAUGGUGUGAAACGUAAGCGCGGCCCAGCAAAGAGUGUGUGUCCCUAUAACAAAGGUCCAGCACUGCAGCAGAUGAGGGAUGACAUUCUGGGGACAGUGCACGAUAUAGAGCAGCUGCUGAAGCUGGGCAGAGAAACACAUUCAUGUCCUUACUACUCCACACGCCUCGCUAUCCCCCCCGCACAGUUGGUGGUGUUGCCCUAUCAGAUGUUACUUCAUCAAGCUACAAGAAGAGCAGCAGGCGUCCAGCUGAAGGGACAGGUGGUGAUCAUCGAUGAAGCUCACAAUCUUAGUGACACACUCUCCUGUAUACACAGUGCAGAGCUCACUGGAGCACAGCUCUGUCGGGCCCACUCUCAGCUCGCCCAGUAUGCUGACCGCUAUAAGAGCAGACUGAAGGCAAAGAACGUAAUGUACAUCAAACAGAUUCUGUUUGUCAUUGAGGGGCUUGUCCGGGUGCUGGGAGGGAAGGUGGGGCAGAAUCCACAGAGCCAGACUACUCAAACAGGAACUGAAAUGCUUACCAUCAACAACUUCCUCUUCAAGGCUCAGAUCGACAAUAUCAACUUGUUCAAGUUACAGAGAUACUUUGAGAAGAGCAUGAUCAGCAGAAAACUGGGUGGCUUUGUGGAGAAGUACGCAGGAACAGGUGUGAGUCUGCACACUCAGAGCAGCUCCAACAAGGAGAACCGACGCACCGAGGGCUUAAACCGCUACCUGCAAACGCUGCAGAGCAACCAGAGCGCUGUGCCAGUUUCCACAGCAGACCAGCAGGGGUCUGCAGAGGCAGAGAAAGCGCUGUCUGCGUCUCCCAUGAUGCAGAUGGAGGGUUUCUUCAUGGCCCUCACCAACAGCAACACUGACGGCAGAGUCGUGGUGCACACACAAGGUACCUUGUCAGAGAGCAGCGUCAAGUUCCUGCUGUUGAAUCCAGCGGUCCACUUUGCCCAGGUGCUGAAGGAAUGCAGAGCGGUCAUCAUUGCAGGAGGAACCAUGCAGCCUGUUUCAGACUUCAAACAAGAGCUGCUGUUUUCUGCCGGAGUGGCAGAGGAGCGAAUCACAGAGUUUUCCUGUGGUCAUGUUAUUCCUCCCGAGAACAUUCUUCCCCUCGUCUUGUGCAGCGGCCCUUCUGGUCAGGAGCUGGAUUUUACUUUCCAAAACAGGGACUCUCCACGCAUGAUGGACGAGACAGGGCGCAUUCUCUCCAACAUUUGUAACGUGGUCCCAGGCGGGGUCGUGUGCUUCUUCCCCUCUUAUGAGUACUCGAGGCGGAUCAUUUCUCACUGGGAGGCCAGCGGCGCGUUGAGUCGUCUGGCCAGCAAGAAGAAGAUCUUUCAGGAGCCAAAGAAAGCCAACCAGGUCGAGCAGGUGCUGAGCGAGUACUCCCGCUGUAUCCAGAGGUGUGCUGUGGACAGCGGCGGUGGGCUCACAGGAGCGUUGCUGUUCUCCGUGGUUGGAGGGAAGAUGAGCGAGGGCAUCAACUUCUCCGAUGACCUGGGCAGGUGUGUGGUGAUGGUGGGAAUGCCGUACCCCAACAUCAAAUCCCCUGAGCUGCAGGAAAAGAUGUCCUAUCUGGACAAACACCUGCCUCACAGUGGAGGGAGGAGCCCUGGCCAAGCACUAAUAGAAAACCUCUGCAUGAAGGCUGUCAAUCAAUCCAUAGGAAGGGCUAUCCGUCACCGCGGCGACUAUUCCUCCAUGGUGCUGUGUGACAGACGUUACUCUCGACCUGCUACGCUCUCUAAACUUCCCACGUGGAUCAAAGCUCGCACCAGCACACACACAACCUUCGGCCCUGCUUUUGCUGCCUUACGGAAGUUCUUCCUGGACAAGAAGCGGUGCAGCUUCAACUGACAUUUCCCACGUGUUCCACUUUACAAGACCAGGGUUAAGAACUAUGGGGGAAACCCAGUGAAACUAACUCUGCAAUUUUAACAACCCAAGAAUUGUAAUGUCUUCUAAUAAAAACUACAAAGACGAUUAGAGGGCUAUGAAAUAAGUUCCUUAUCACAAGAUGGCCGCAGCUCUUUUAUGCUGCUUCAUGUUUACGUUCCUGAACGUUCUGAAGCCAUCGGAUGUCUGAGUGCUCCUGGCCCGAGUUCAAGGUUAAACCAGGGAGGCAGCUUUCCUGUUUUCAGUACAUCACACUCUUUAUUUUGCAUGCAAACUGUCAGAUCUUAUCUGUGGCUUAUGUUCUGCUUUGGCUUGCUAACAGCUCUGGUUUAGAGACGUGAAGAUGAAUUAGAGAAUGAUGACGAUAAGUAUUUGAUGGCACACUGCAGACCAAGGCCAAAGGGAUCAUUUAUCUGAUUGAGUCAGUUGAAUGAGACCUGCAGUAUCUUCUAAUUCAGCCAAGAACAUGUUAGAGGCAAAAAUUAAUAAUAAAAAAAAAAUACUGAAUACAUUCUGAAGCAGCAGUGAAUUAAGCAUCAAUGUGACUGAUUCACACUUGGAGAAGAUAUUAAAUAUUUAAAGCACUCGAUGUAAAGUGUUAUGUCAUGCAAA